UUGAAUGCUGAAGUACCUCUCACAUCUCCCGCUUAUUCUCCCAGAGUUGGCGGCGAAUCUCACCCUCCUAUCGUCCAUCUCCCCAUCCCCGGAAGUUUCCGGUGUUGGCCAAGACACUCAUAUUGACUUUUGAAUUCCAUGGCAUCCUCGUCUCCUAGAAGCGACUCCCCUGACAUGGGGGACUGCGACUCUGAAAUCACGUCUACUCUGAGCUUCUCUGUGGGCUAUUUCCCCUGUGAAGACAACAUUUCCAUCGAGGAAACAGUUCUUCUUGAAGACUCAACUUCCAAUGUAUGUUCUUCAGUCAACCUCAUCCCUCCUAUCCAAGGCACGUGGGGAACAGAAAGUAUAAACAGACGUAUAAGUCAACGAAAUCUAAUUCAGGACAACCCACAGCAGAUUUGCAAACUGGGCAUUAUCGUGGCCUGGGCCGAUAAUGAUGACUUUGAAGAGUCAACAGCUCAUGAAAACCUAAGUGGAGGUGAGGGGUUGCUGAACAGGUGUCCCAAAGACCAAACAAGACUUACUGAGGACAAACUGGAUGGACUAGUGAAACUGCUUAAAACAUUUCAGGAUGUUCACCGAGAUGAUGAAGAAAAUAAAAAAGACAACAAUGAGAGUAAAAAAUAUGGCAAAGAAAAUAAGAAAAAAAAUAGGAGAAAUAAUGAAGAUAAUGCCUUUGAUUACCUCGAACUUACUCCAGUAGAAGACCUCAAACUGUGCAGAAGCUCCACUCCACGUAUGUCUCGGGUCAGUCAUCAAGACCAUGACAUGGGCCAAGACUUGCCCAGGAGAAAAUCACCAGCAAACAAAGGCAUUAUCCAAGUCCCAGAGAUUCCCCGGAUGCGUAAGGAAGAGGAACUUGCUGAGAUGGAAGGAAGAAAGAAGAAACAGAAAAAGAAUAAGUACAAGAACAAGAGUAACUGGACAAGGAAGCAAGAGAGAGAUGGCAGGAGGAGGGAGGUGAGAAGGAAAAGGGAAGGAAGAUAAAAGGGUGAGGGAGAGGGGUAGCUAGAAACCAGAGACAGUCUGAGAUAUUUGCUAUGCAGACCUUUAUAGAGAGCUUGCCAGCCUUUGGACUAAGUUACAGGAGGUGUCUUUUAGCAUGGAUUUGGGAGGAUAAGAAGUAUUACUGGCAUUAGUAUAAAAUAAUUAGUGGUAUUAGCAUAAAAUAAUUAGUAUGAAAGUAUUAGUGGUAUUAGAAGUAUUAGUAUAAAAGUGUAAAAUUUUGAAUGCAUAUACAAAAGGCAAGAGGAGAAGAGACAAUACUGGACAUUAUAAUUCAUGGUUCUAAUUAAAAGAAAAUUGCAAUGCACAAAGUAGUUAUAGAAAACCUGAACGAAAAAAGGAGCCAUGUUACAUUCCAUCACACUUAUAAUAUUACGUCACUUCCGAAACUCACGGACAGAGGUGAGAUGGUUUUGUGCACUAACUGGGCAAACAAAACAAAGCUAAACAAACCUCAAGAAGAAAUUAUAGCAAAAAGAGUGGAGGAGAAAAGAUGUCUGAACUCUAAAGUUUCAAUGACUGACAUUUUUCUAUUACUCAAAAUUAUUUUUAGUGUUCAAUCUUGAAUUUUAGGAUAAGAAAUUACCUAUAUAAACAGUACACAGAAUAAAAAGUUAUCUUUCUCCCUAUCUUUGUCAAAUGUGUGAUACAGUAAAGAUAACAGUGUUAAAACUUUUUAACUUCUAUAUUGUUCCAUAUA